UCCUGGUCCAGGUCCAGGUCCAGGUCCAGGUCCAGGUCUCGUUCUUCUCGUCUCUUUCCUCUUUUUAGUUUUUGAGUUUAUUCCUGUUGUGUCCAGUAGAUGGAGCCAAACCCUCAGUACUUGGGACCGCCUCCUGUGGACUUGUGUGAACCUGCUGGUGGCUCCGCCUCCUCACAGGAAGUGACAUCACAGAGUGUUUGUGUUCAGUCCAAACUCUUACACAACCACCUCUGCUCUACUGCACUGCGCUCCCUAGUCUUAAAUCCAAGAUGGCGUCUCUGAUGGAGGACGAGGUUUUUCGAUCUUUCGCCAAAUACGCGGCGAUAAUCACCACAAAACUCCUGCUGAUGGGCCCCGUGACCGCGUACUACCGCCUGACCCGCAAGGCGUUUCAAAACCCUGAGGACGCAGCAGCUCAUUCGUCUAAACCAGAAGAUUUAAAACAACUCGUGAGAACAAACGAUGACGUGGAGAGAGCACGAAGGUGCCAUCAGAACGACCUGGAGAACAUCGUUCCGUUCGUUCUCAUUGGUUUUCUUUACUCUCUGACCGGCCCCGAUCCGGCCUGGGCCCUGCUCCACUUCCGCGUCUUUGUGUGUUCUCGUUUCAUCCACACGGUGGCGUACCUGCGCGCUCUGCCGCAGCCGUCCCGCGGCCUCAGCUGGAUCGUGGGGCUCCUGACCACCAUGUCCAUGGCCCAUAGUGUGGUCCACAGCGUCGUCUUCCACUGAGAAGACCACCAGCACCACCAGGAGGGAGUAUUAUACUUGUCUGGGGUCAUGAGGAGGGAGUAUUAUACUUCUCUGGGGUCAUGAGGAGGGAGUAUUAUACUUCUCUGGGGUAAUAACACAUUGUUUUGGGUGAAUAUAUAUUUUUAAAAUAAAUGGAACAUGUUGGUGUAAAUUUGUGAACUGUUGAGAUUCACACCGAAGCGUCAAAAUGUCCAGUUUAUAUGUAAAGUCUGUGGAGGGGCGUCUGGGGCGUCUGGGGCGUCUGGGGCGUCCUGAGUUUUUGCGGCGUGUCUUCAGAGUUCUGGCGUCAACGCUCUAGACAUGCGUCCAGAGCGUCAGCGGCAGAAGAUGAAAAUGCUGAACUUUUCACAUCGGACGCGCCACAUCAACCAAUCAGGGACGAGUAUCCAGAGACGUAGAGACGUUAUUAUCCAGAAGAAAGAGAAAGACCCAAGAACCAGAGACACAAACAUUAGCAGAGUAUAAAUAUAUACACCACAAUCACCGAGCAGAUCACCAGGACUAGACCGGGACUAGACCGGGACUAGACCGGGACUAGACCGGGACUAGACCGGGACUAGACCGGGACUAGACCGGGACUGAUCCAGUGACAUUAGUGGAGUAUAAAUAUAAACGCGCCGAGUCGAUCUCCUCCUCUGAUGGUUUUAUGUAAUAAAAACACUAAAGUCUCUCAGUCUGGUCCAUCGUUUUGGGAAAAGACCGGGACCGGGCUCUUGUUUCCAGGGCAACAGACGCUCGUCAAGUAUUUUUCUCCCAUUUGUCCACGGCUUCUGAACUCAAAUGCAAAGGCUCCAAAUAGAGACAUGAAGGACAUUUUUUGACACUUUGGUGUGAACACCCAGUUAAAACUCCAGAGUCGAUAUUUCCUCUUUAAGGAUAAAACUAAAUAAGUUGAUCUAAACGUACAUUCCUGCUCUUGUAUUUUGGUCUUUUCGCUUUUUGUAAUUUGUUAUUCUAAUGUGAAGAAAUAUUCCGCCGUGGGGCUUUAACCCUGUUCUGAUCCUGAUGUGUAAAACACAGAAAACACACGACUUCAUCCCACAAAUCAAAGGCUUUUUGUAAAAUCAUUUUUCAAAUAAAACUGAUAUUUUCCAUCUU